UCCCCAUCAGAAACAUAAACAGGAAGGAAUUAGUCUUAAUAUGGCGUAAUAUUUAUUUCGAAUGGUCAUACUUUCCAAAAUAUCUCGGUCGUUCACUUCCUGAGAAAGCUUUUAACCUAAAUAUCACACCCACAUUUGAUUUGUGCAAAGGUAGUCUAAAUUGCUGAAGCUGAUUUCACUGCGAUCAAGUGUUGAAAAAUCUAAAACAUCUCGGGAAAAUGUUGGAGAACGAACGACUCAUAAUUCGGCAAUUCAGUGCUGUUUUGCGGGAUCAUGUCUUUCCAAACGAAGUACUUCCUUAUUUACUUUGCUUAACAGAUGAUGAUUGUGAUCAGAUAAGAGCUAAACAACGCAUGGAAGGCCCAAGGGAAGCCGUUUCGAUUUUGUUAGACAGGCUAAAGAGAAGAGAUGGAUCUUUCAAGCAGUUUUUAACAGCUCUCGAGCAAACAGGAUGUGGACACGUGAAAACAAAGCUGGAAAAUGCUUUGAGAGAUCAAACACGGCCAGAAACCCAACCCACCACUGUGACGCCAGAGACAUCAAGUUCACCGUCUGAUCUUCUCAAAACUCCAACAACCGAGACGACCAGUCCUUUCUCUGAGAGCUUACCAAAGACUAAGAAACGAAUAACAUUAGACCCUCCCAAAAAAUCCAAUGACAAAUCCAAACCAAAUAGAAAGAAUAAAACACCAAAAGAGAAUACAACAAGUCCAACAAGUUCAAAGACAUGCACAAAUACACCAAAAAAGAAAUCCAGUCCAACCACUUCCAAAUUAAUUCCAACCUCUAAAAAUAGCAAGAAACCUAAAUCACCUGAAAUGCCAAGUUUGAAUCCAGUAAAGGUAACCUCAGCUGCAAACUCCAUCUGUAAUCAAGCGUCAAGAAGAGCGGAUCAAACCAAAAAUUCCAAUGCACCAUCGGAAACAAGCAUUGAUGAAAGUACAGCAACACUAUACGACACAUUUAUUUGUUACGCUCAGGAAAAUUGCGAUGUUGCAACUGAACUGAGACAAUUCCUUAAAACUGAAUUUAAUCUCCAAGUUUGUAUUGACUUUGUGGACUUCAUUCCUGGCGUGGCUAUAACUGAUAACAUCUGCGAGAGUAUUUCCUCAAGUGCAAGCAUUAUUUUUCUACUUUCACCCUAUUUUCUUAAGAAGCAUUUGGCCACCUGGGAGUUAAAAAAUGCAGUCUAUUAUUGCAAAUCAAAAAGUAACAAAUGUAAGAAAAUUAUUCCAGCAAUGCUUGAAGAAUGUGCUCUGCCUAAAGAGUUGGAACUGUACACAGCUAUUAAAAUGGAAAGUUCUGAAUCUAAUGAGGAAUUUUGGAGAAAAUUAGCAACUGCUGUUGUGGAUGGCAAUGGUCAGGUAGAUGAAAAAAAUGAAGAUAUUGGUGAUGAUGUAGAUAUUGAUGGUGAUGAUAAAGAUGUCAAUGAUGGUACUGAUGAUGGUACUGAUGAUGGUAAUCAUGAUGGUACUGAUGAUGGUACAGAUGAUGGUACUGAUGAUGGUAAUCAUGAUGGUACUGAUGAUGGUACUGAUGAUGGUAAUCAUGAUGGUACUGAUGAUGGUACUGAUGAUGGUGUGAUUAUUGAUGGUGGUAUUGAUCAUAGUACAGAUGAUGAGAUUAUUGGUGAUGAGAAUGCUUGUAAUGAAAGUGAUGAGGCCAGUGGUGGUGACACAGGUAGAUGUGAAGAUGCGGAUAAUAGUUAUAAUUCGGUUGUUGAUGGUGCUGAAGGUGAUUGUAAUGAAACUCCAGUUAAUGAUGCUGAUGACAAUGAUGAUGAUACUGAUGAUGUUUCCGAUGAUGUCGAUUAUAAUGGUGAUAAUAUAACCAAUGAUGGAAAAACAAGUGAUGAUAUGGACAGUAAUGAUGACAAAACUAAGAUAAAACCUGUUAAUAGUCAAGACAAUGUUAAGAGUCUACAGUCUCUGUAA